AAAAAUUAAUAAAAUAAAAUAAUAAAUUUUGGGUUAAAAUGACAAGACAUAGACAACAAAAUUUUGGUAUUUUGUAUUAUGUUUGUUAGGAAUAUUGUUAUUUUUUGUUUAUUGCUAAAUUAGACUAAUUAUGAAGAUCAUUACUAGGCCCUCAUUCCUCUCAUCUCAUUUUGGUGUUUCUUUUUGCUUAACUCAUCAAAUAUUCAUUUUAUGUUGUUAUAGCAAAAAUAGAUACAGUUUUUUCUCACAUUGAGAUUUAUUAUAACAAAAGUCUGAUAUGCUUCCUUCUGGUCCCUUUCCUUUUCUUUCUCUUUCUCUAAUCUAAAUCCUAUAUCCCCAGAAAUUUCAUCUUCAUCAAACUUUUAUUAAUCAUUUUUUCUCUACAAUCGUUGGAUUGGAAGAGAAGAUAUAUAGAGCUUUUUAGCUGUGGAGAGAUUGGUGAAACCAUAUGCAAAGAUGAGUAAUUAGGAAUAAUGGGGAAGAAAGGGAAUUGGUUAGCUGUAGUGAAGAAAGCUCUCAAUUCAUACCCCAAGGAAAGGAAAGAUCAGAAAAUCCAUAAAUCCAAGAAAACAUGGUUUGGAGAAAAAGACAAUAUAAGUGUGGUUACUUCAACAGAAGAAACAACAAUAUUGCCUAUUCCUCAUGCUUAUUCAACUCCUUCAAUAGAAAAGGUGGAAUUAAGUGAGAUUGAGAAUGAAGAGAGCAAGAAGUCUUACUCUAUGGCCCCAAUUGCAGAGGUGGCUGUUUUUGCUGAUCAAGAUGUUGCCGAGGUUGUUUGCCUUACUGGUGUGCCUUGGUAUUAUGGAUUAUCAAAAGAGGAGAUUGCAGCUAUCAAGAUUCAGACCACUUAUAGGAGAUACAUGACAAGGAGAGCAUUAAGGGCUUUAAGAGGCUUGGCACGGUUGAAAUCAUUGAUGCAAGGGCAGUCUGUCAAAAGACAAGUAGCCACCACGUUGCGAUGCAUGCAGACUUUGGCUCGCGUUCAGUCUCAAAUCCACGCAAGGAGAAUUAAAAUGUCUGAAGAGAAUCAGGCGCUACAUCGACAACUUCAACAGAAAAGAGAGAAAGAGAUUGAUAAGUUCAGAGCUUCUAUGGGAGAAAAAUGGGUUGAUAGCCAUCAAUCUAAGGAACAAAUUGAGGCAAAAAAUUUAAUCAAACAGGAGGCUGCUAUGAGAAGAGAGAAAGCUUUGGCUUAUGCAUUUUCUCUUCAGAAAACAUCAAAGAAGUCAUCAAAAUCAACAAAUCAUACAUUCAUUGAACCCAAUAACUUCCAUUGGGGUUGGAGUUGGUUAGAACGGUGGAUGGCAACUCGUCCAUGGGAGAGAACAAACACAGUAGAUAAUUAUCAUAAACUUGUUUCCAUCAAAAGCUCAACCACUACUACCAAAGCAUAUCAUCAACCCAAUCUUUGCCAUGAUACCACAUCAGCACCAUUGUCUAAGGCAUCAACAAUGUCAUCAUUAACUAGAAAAACUCCCAAACGAAAUGAAAUGUUCAACACCCAAUUAGAGAGGCAUCGGAGGCAUAGCAUUGCAGGGUCUUUGGUGAUAGACAAUGAAGUUUUUGUGGAUUCCCUUACUGCUCCAAGUUACAUGGCACCUACACAGUCAGCAAAGGCAAAAUCUCGGAUGUCAAAUACUAUGGGCUUUGAGAAAAUUGGCACAUUGGAUAAGGGAUCAGUGUCAUCUGCCAAAAGGAGUUUGUCUUUUGCUGGCUUUCCAACUUUAACAAGGAGGCACUCUAGUCCACCCAAGAUGGAUUCCACAACUAUUAAGCAUAGGGAGGAGAACAUGAUGAGUACACGAGGUAGAAGAUAGUUGUGGACAAAGAAAAAAUACCAUCAACAUAGUUCAAGAAAAUUGUAUUGAUUUAUUUAUAUAUAUAAUUUUUCUUAAGAAAAAAAGAGUAAUUAUGUGUGUGAUGAUGAGGGAGGGGAAAUGUUUUUAUCAUGUUGUGUAUCAUCCAUGUCAAUAUAGAUAUCUUUGCUUGAUC